GGCAACUUUUCCUCAAUACAGGUUUUGAUAAAUCUCCCCCCAGUGUGUUCUGACCCUAAUAUAUGCAAUAAAAUCCUGAACGUGUGAACACAGCCUAGACACAGCCUCAAACUGUGAAUUUAAUUUGCAAGGGAUGUGCACAAAUGUGGGAACCAUUACAUAAUUAGGAGUCAUGGGGUGAGAUUGACCAUCAGCUGUCACCUGAUUGUGGCCCAUGGAGCAUAUAUAUAGUUGCCUGGAGGCCUCUUUCUUUAGGGUUUCUUUGUAGGCUGGAUGCUCAGUAGGAUGGGUUGUAGGAGAGGCACAAAGGUGUCUAAGUCCUGGAUGCAGCAUUCUAAGAUGAGGUUUUUACUUGUAUGUUUCCUGUUUGUCUCUUGUGAUGCUGCAUUGCUGGAGUUCACAGGUUCUACAAUUUGUCUAGAUAGUGGGCUUCAAAUAAAGAAACCUAAAGAUGUUCACCAGAGUGUAUGGCAGACUCUCCGUGUUGUAGAUUCUUCUGGAUUAGAAGUGGAUGACUGUCAUAUCGCUCCAGAUGGCAGCUUGCUGACUAUUCCAGAGAUAUGUUUAAGCCAUGAGACUGGAAGAAGAGUCGCUCAUGUAACCUUCAAUGAGAACAUGGUCUAUCAAGUAUCUUGUAACAAUGAACAGGCUGACGUGGGCCUUGAAUACAUGCCAACUAUAGACUGUAACCUGCAAUAUAUGAUGGCAACCAUACCAAGGCACCUGUCUGGCUUCCAUGAUGAGGGGGUGACAAGUACUCCACCUCCCAUAUCUGCAUGGAGCAUUAAAAUUCCUGGCAGGCCCCAGAGGGUCAAUGUGGAGAUGGCCAGAAGCCUUGGAUAUAAUCUGACCAGUGAUGAGGAUAACUUGAUGAUUCGUGCUACAUUUGAUGCCUCUGGAAUACAAAAAUACACUUCUCAAGGCCAGGUGUUCUACAUUGGAGACCUUCAACUGAUCCAGGAGAGGAGCAACCCACGGAUUACAGUUGAUGUGAAAAUGAUCUGUGCUACAGGGCCCCCUGCAUGCAAUGCAACACACAUGACUCUAGCCAUUCCUAGUGCUGCUGGUUCUCUUGAAGAGAUUUACAUAGGUGAUAAGGCGGUUCAGUUGACUACCUCUUCACUUCAACAACAAGGAAUGACACUUGACACUAGAAAUGGUGUGCUGCUGAGCAUUUCGCUAGACAAACUGCAGGCUGUUAAAUUUCCUCGUGAGGCAUUAUAUUCCUUGCCACGUCUCGCGCUGGUCUUUACACUGGACGGAAUUGUUGUACCAAUGAGAAUUAGUCCCGAGUGUCUUGUCACUACAAGUCCUUAUAAUCCUAAGUGGGUCUCAUGCACAAUAGAUGGAUUCAUGAACAUUCAAGUCUUUGCAAAUGUCACCAAACCCAACCUGGAUAUGAGCACAGUCACUGUAAGAAAUCGGACCUGCCAGCCAACAGAGAAGAGCAGCAGCAUCAUUUCUUUUAGAUUUCCUUUAAAAAGCUGUGGGACCACUGUGAAAUACUUAGGUGGAAAGAUCUUCUAUGAAAAUGAAGUCAGUGCCCUCUGGAAAGAUCUACCACCAAGGAGUAUAUCAAGAGACAGUGAACUAAGGGAGACAAUCUGGUGUUACUUUAAUAGCUCUGAUGUCAAAACCAUAAAUAUGAGUGUGAGCACCUUCCCACCUCCAGCUCCCACCAGGAUGAGUGGCCCUAUCCUGUUUGUGAUGAAGAUCUAUCCAGAUAUCUCUUACCAGAUACCCUACAGUGAAUAUCCAAUUGUGAAGACCUUGCGUGAGCCAAUCUUCUUAGAAGUGCAGGUUUUGAACCGCAAGGAUCCAAACAUUGAGCUAAUUCUAGAUGACUGUUGGGCAACAAUGUCCGAAGACCCAAAUGCUUUACCUCAGUGGAAUGUUGUAGUUGAUGGCUGCCAAGAAAGUCAGGAUAACUAUCUUACAAUCUUUCACCCUGUCACUAAUGUGCCACAAGCUACACACCGCAAAAGGUUUGAAGUAAAGGCUUUUGCUUUCAUGCAAGAUGGCGAACUAACAACCAACUUGGUCUUCUUUCACUGUAAUGCCAUUAUAUGCAACAUAAAGUCUCCAGACAAUCCCCUGUGUACAAAGAAAUGCCCUCAGUCUAGGGCCAAAAGAGAUGAACUCUUCCUCCAGAGACACUCUAACUUGGCUAGUCUUCCUGGCCCGGUCUUGCUCUUAGAUCCUGAGCCCUCCCUGAGUUUUGAAGAUGAGCGUAAUGUUAUACAGGAAGUUACUAUUGGAGUCCUGCCUGCCUUUGCUCUGGUCGCUGUGCUUGUCCUAAUAGCCACAUUUAUCACUUUUAAACAGAAAGCAAAAUUUUGACUCUAAUGCAC